UAAAGGAAUUUGGCUACCACUAAAAAUGAUUCGCGGCAACACUGAUUAUGACUAUGCCUAUGAUUACUACGAUGGCGAUAACGUUGACGAACGCAAUGUCAUUCCCAGCCGCCUGCUCGUUGGCGUAUACGUGUCUCGUCGAUUUGUGCCGUUCGGCCACAAUCACUACCAACACAACCAGCAGUGCUACUACUACUACCGUGAUACAUACAUGCGAGUCAGCUCUUUUAUGGAUGUUGUUGCACUUGUUGUUGUUACCGUCUGCAGUCUUAAUUUAUGCCGUAAAAAUGUAAACGUGACUCGUGCAGCGUUGGCGGCGGCGUCGUCGUUAUCGUCGUCUCUGUCAUCGUUGUUAGCAUUGGCUGCGGCGUUUUAAAGGAAGUGCUUUCUAGAAAAGCCAGUCUGUUCGCAAGCCAGUUAGUUAGUGGUGAGCCAAAGGAGCGAGCGCCUAAAAAGAAGGAGUUAAACGAGCCAGCCAGACAGCUAGGCAGUCUUUGAAGCAACUCAACUUGGACCCAGUCACAGCACCGAGUGAGACAGGAAACCCGACCUCAAAGGCGUCGUACAUACUAAAGCAGCAACGUCAGUCAGCUUCUUGGCAGGGGUUUUUUUUUUUUAGUUUUAAAAGAAUGAAACGCUCUGCAUAUUUGUGAAGUUAGUCGCAUUUAAGAAAAACUGUGUUUAAGCUGUGCUAAAUAUAAUAAUAAUGAUAAAGUUUGUUAGGCAAAAGAAUCGCGAACAAACAGUUAAAGCAUCAAGCAAGAGUUUCUUUAAGAAAAAGGGCGAGUCGAAUGAUUCCGGUACCGAAUCUGAUGGUGACGUCCUAGAUGUUGACAAGCAUCGCCCCUUAGACUUGGACAUGGAAACCAGCUUAAGCUCGUGCGCCGAUGUGAAUUCGCCAACCACAGACACCGCUUGCUCCUCGUCAGCGUCCUCUGCGAUGAUGUGUCAAUCCCACCUUUUAUACGAUCAACACAGCUCCGAGGAGGAAUUGGAAGUGAUCAAUGGACCAUCAUCGGUGGCAGCCGCUGAGGCGGCGUCCAAUGUAUUGGUGGUGCGGGGCACCGCCUCAUCACUCAUAUCGGAGCGUGGCUCAUCGUCGUUGGAGCCCGAAGAACUAUUCGGCGAAGCAUCGACAUCGAAACGUUCCAGCUCAACAUUAGUUGAGAAUCGUAAAAGAUCUCUGGCCCACAGCUCCGAUGAUGAUCUGAGGAACUUCUUGGAACCGGUGUUGACCCCAGUGAAUUUUCGCACAUCGCCACCAUUGGAAGCUUUCAAGCCAAACCGCAGCCACAAAUAUCGCUCCACAACGCCACUGAUAUUAUCGGAGGCUCGCUGUGGCAUCGAAAAUAUUAAAUUAUGUGAUAAUAGUGUUAAUGACGAAAAUGGUGAGGCUGCUUCGUGUGCGUCGUCGUUGUUGGGCGCAGCAAGCGGUGGCAACGGUAGCGGUGGUGGUGGCGGCGCCUGCGGUGGUGAUGCCAGUUCAACGAGUGUGAUUAAGGCGUGCGCCUCAUCGCUCAAAAUGAGCAAUAGCAGCCAUCAUAUCUAUCAGCCGCAACCCAAAUAUAAUUUCCACUAUAAUAGUUCACGCAGCAGUCCAGCAUCAACGACCGCUCUCGAUGCGAUGGAGGUGCGCUCGGUUAGUCCACCGGCGAAACUCUUCCAUUCGGCUAGAUCACCACACCGCCGACCGAUACGCACACAACACGCCACACAGAGGCUACAGCGACCACAUCGGCCGUGCUUAGACUUCGACAAAAUGCAGCAAGUAAGUCUCUAAUGCAGCGCCAAAUCAAAGACUUUUUACUUCUUACUAAUUACCAGUAAAUGUACCUAAAAGCUCGCAUUACCCAAAACGAAUACAGUAUGAUGAUGCUGAUGAUGAGGAUAAAUGAUAUCUAAGAAAGAUGAUGAUGAUGAUGAUGAUGAAGUUUAUGUUAAGGGAAGCAUAAUGAGUUAAAGAGGUGAUAAUGAUGAAGCUGAAGAUGAUAAUGAUAAUUAUGUUUAUGACAGUAAUGUUGAUAAUCGGUUUUGUAUAGCAAAAAAGUGUAAUGAAGAAAAAUUAAUGCAAAAUUUGUAUCUUUUAUGCUAAGAAAGAAGAGCAAAGUGUCAGCAGAUAUGGCUAUCAAUAAUAUGUAUACUUUUUUUAAAAAAAACAUGGCGCCAUAUAAUUAACAGCGAAAAAUAAGAAGAAAAAAACAAUAAGACAUGCAACUACUUAUAUUACAAAAACAAUAGCCCCAAUUAUCCAAACACUAAUGGCCUUAUUCAUAAAAAAUAAAGUAGGUUUAAAGAGCUUUAUAAAUUGACGAUUUCAUACAUUUUUCAAUUUAUAAACCUUUUAUAAAGCUACUUUAUUUUUAAUGAAUAAGGCCAUAAAUUUACACUCUUCAGUAACUUGAAAUCAAAGCUAGUAAACAAACCAGGAAUUUAUUAUAAGCAUGUGAGGGUUUAUAAAAGCUCACAAUUUCUAUCAUUUUAAGUAAACAAACGAAUUAAAAAUUAAUAGUUUUCGUUGCAUAGUUAAACAGAAACUUUAAACUCACGCCAGUUCUACAAAAACGCCGAUUAUGUCAAGUUCUGCUCAUUUGGACAAAACCAAAAUGAUGUCGUAAUUUUUUUUUUUUUUUUACCAAACAAGUCUACUUAUGGGUGCAUCGAAUAUGAUAACUAAACGGUGGUUGCAGAGCGUUUUCCGCGUCAUUUAUUGCCAUAUUAGAACACCUCAUCAGCUCUACCUUCCAAUACUAACAUUAAGAUGGUCCUUUGAGGCCAACGCAGUACGAUAUUUUCACAUAAUAAACAAUUUCACUACUUUGGGUCCUACAUAUAUUUGUCAAAACCAGUUGGCUAUCGACCAAAAUUGUGACUUUUCAGAUUGUCAGUGUGACCAGUUCAUCACAAAAAAAUGAAACAAAAUUGAGAUAAAAAAGUUACACAAAAUUAGCUACAAGUGAACGGUACACAAAUUAAUUUUGAAAUUUUUUCGAUCAAAACUUCGCAGUCGGGCUUCUCUUAAAACGAAAGGCCUUUCGUGCUCGGCGCAGCACCAAUUUUUACACACCGCGACUCGCAAGCUCCAAUUUUUCAUUUAUUUGAAAUCCAUUGCUUCCAAAUAGCAGAGCAGCUAUUGGAAGGUCUGCUGCCAAGUUCACCGCAAUUUUGUUUUUAACAUUUCUAUAAAGCCGCUAUUUUUUCUAAGAGUACUAAAAAGAAGAAUUUACUUGCUAUUGCAUAAAAUUCAGCUUGAAAUCAGCGCCAGACGAAAAUGCUGAUGGAAUAGCAGGUCCUUUGGUCCAUUCUCCUUCCAAUCCGGGUCCAAGUGCUCAGCGCUGAGCUUAAAGUCAAUUUUGACUACACUAAGCUGGGCUCCUUUUAAUUUUCGCAACAUUGCCGUGGCUUCCUGGGUACAGGCGCAAGAUCAUGUAGGCUCCUCCUGGCCACCCACCGUUCUCGAUAAGCCGAAGCAUACGAAUUUUGGUACUAAAUAGUUAACCAACACGAAAUCGAAUGGUUUUUUUGCAAAGCAUAUGCUAAAAAUUUUCCUUCUAAGACAUCCUAAACUUCCCUUAAACUCCUAUGCUGAGCCAUCUGCAUUCAACGUCUGACUCAGCAUUUCUAUAAAUGGCGCCGUAAGAUAACGCAUCCACUGAAGCAGCAACUGCGUCCAGUCUUCCUGCUUUUAUCUUACCUAUCGGGCAAUGUUCAAUAAGAACUCCAUUGACGUACGCCAUAUGGAUUUGUCCUAUAAAAGAAGCGCGUACCGUGCUCCGAAAGUUCAAGUAAUUUCCUCUAUAUUCCGCUUUCUGCGUAGUCAUAGACAGUCCUGAGGAGAGUUUAAUAUGUACUCUACUGCCCCGGGAUUACAUUACACCAUCUUUCUCUUAGUUAAAGGUCGGCGAGGGUUGCCGCUGUGAAUUCGAUUAUUAUUAUUGUAGAAGGUAUGUUCGUGAUGACCGAAUUUUCAAACUUCUUGAAGGCCAUCCUGGCAUUACAGCCGCCAAGCACACUUUAACCAUCUUGGUGAAGGCAGCGCUCAUAUGCAUCUUCAAGUAGCUCACAUAAUUUAGGAUCAUAUAACUAGAUCUUCUACUCUGUCGAGGCGAGCACUCCAAUCUGGAUGACGUUGUUAAAAUUUGAUUUUUUGGGCAUUGUUUCAAUUCGUUCACAAAUGGGGGUGAACCUGGAGACAAGUUGUCGGAGUCUCCGCCAACCCUAUAAUCUCCCAAACGGCUAUAGUAGAGCCGCAUAUUGCAUACUUUUUACAGCCAUGUCCUGUCCAACGCAUUUCCUGUAUUCCGGUGCUCUCCGUCUGAUAUUACUGAAGCGCAUCCAAAAAUUGGUUUGCGGUAAGUCCGCUGCAUAUCCGUAAUCGCGAAUCCCGUGAUAUUUUUUGUUGUCGAAACUAGGCUCUCAGACUACGUGUCGUUCAUUGUACUGUUUUCAUGUUCCAUUUAAUAAGUCUUCGGUGGCCAAAGGCGGGAGUGCUAUAACUGGUUGCGGACCGACGAAUGCCUGGUGUAAGCCAACUCUGGCUUAAUGGGCAGAUGUCUCAUCACCGGGUACUCCCGAGUGACCAAGCACCCAGAGUAAAGCAAGCUCAUUAUGUUUACCAUCAUAAUUUAGUCUCAGGACUUGUAUUGCCGGAGGGCUGUCCAAUGCCUUAAAUGCAGCUUGGCUGGCACUGCAGACACGUAAACUCCUUCCCCUUCAACUAUUUCCCACUACGUAGUCCAUGGCUUUACAAAUACCUCAGCUUUAUUCCCCAAAAUUAAAGCAAAGCUUAUCCCCAUUAUCUUCCAUGAAGACCCCCGAUCCUGGCUCGCAGUCAUCAGUAAAGAUUCGACAAUGUGCGGGUCCGGGCUAAGUGUUGGAACUCCGCAUUAUAGAAUCUCUUAAACAAAGGUAAUGGUGACGUACUAUCCUUUGGAAUUAAAAAGACACAAGUGCUCGGAUCUCUGCCUCCAGAAAAUGUCUUGUGGUUUAGUCUACACCUUUUCCAAGAGUACUUCAGAAAGCAUCAAAUGUACUUCAGAAUAGUCAUUUGUACU